AUGGCAGCCCAGGACGCCCACAGAGGCAACAAUGAAAACAAUGAAGCCUCCUAUAUGGCUGUUCCGUCGCAGGAUGCUCGGUAUCGGCAACUUUCUAGAUCCCCCCAUCCUUACCAUCGCUGCGCAUUUAGCCCCGUCGCUCCUGGUGCGACUUUCAUAAGUCAUGAUGAAGAUGGCAGCGAUACCCCUCCGUCGGGAAGAUCGCCUAUUUCUUCUAGCGAUAGCGGGACGGAGGCAGACGACGAGAGCACAGGAUUUCUGAAAGGCUUACCUGCACCUCAGAUACGGUCCAGGCGGAUCCUGGGAGUUAAGCCAGGAAAUGUCCAAGAAAGGCGUGGGGGAUCAGCAGGUGCACGGAUAUGGUCUGCAUUCAGGAGGUCGAGAUUAGAGGCUUCAAGGAGGGAAAUAGGUCAAGGCAUAGAUACUUGUGAAGUAGAUGCCCGGUGGCAAGCGGGCAGGCGGGUUGAAGCUCUACGAAGAUUGUCAGAAACAACGCUGGUGCUUGUUGUAGGCGCAACGGUAUAUUUUGGGAAUUACGUGAGAUUUGCUACCAGAGAUUGGGAUAGGGAGCUAUCGAUCUUUUCGAUUAUUAUACUUGGACUCUACUUAUCAUACCCGUUUCGAAUAUUUAUGGCCGGUUUCCGAAGGCACAGCUGGAAGUCUAUUGCCUCCUUUCCAUUCUCGACUGAUCUCGACCCUGCGCCUCUGAUAUACCCUGUUCUCCUCCCUGUCCUGAUCGCGUUGUCGCUGGUCAACAAUCGCCAGAACCUCAUACUCCCGAAUAUAAUUCUUGGUCUUUCCUCAAUACCCUUGCCUAUGAUACCUCUCCAUGAUUUGCUUCAUGGGUGUGCCCUUACACAUUGGGCCGUUGCUGCUUUCCCAAUUAUCACUUCGGAUAUCUUUACACGGAGCCCAAUGGGCCUUCGCGACUUAAAUCCAGAGCUUCUCCUCCUGAUAUUUCCUCUACAUCAAGCGCUCGUUACAACAUUGAACUUCAUUUUCACAACCAGCCUGUUACCUACCGAAUUGCAACUCCUUGCUACAGGCCUCAUCAAUAUUCUCCUUUUUACCCAGUCCCCCCAAGCGGAAAUACUCAAGGCCUUACUGUGGAUAGGCGGGAUUUGUAUGCUCAUCUUAUGUCGACAAGUCCUUCAUUGGGAGGUUGUCUUGGCUAGAGUGCCAUCUUGGAAAUUCAGCCGAACCCCUACUAGAGCUACUGGACUGAUGAGUUUUUUCAGAAUGCUUGAUCAAAAGCUCUGCUGUAAACUGAUGAGCCAUGCUGGCCUAACUGAAGAGGUUUUGACUGAUAGUGGCCUCCCCAUCAGCCGGUUUACGGUUGCCAUGGGCGAGGAAUAUCAAGAACACCAUCGACUGAAACAGCGUGAGUUUGAUCGCAUAUCUUGUGGCGGUCAAGCGGCAGUUUCCGGAAUUUGCACAGCUCCCAAUGGAGAGAACGUCAAAUCCAACGACAGCAUUUUCCUGCAAGAGUGCCCUCCAUCUAGAAAGUCGAAAUUAACAAAAGGCCGUCAACGUCGCCAAUCUCUUAAUUUUGACGAUGGUGAUGCAAACGAUCCUGUUAAGACCACGCCUGGUGGCCGGCGCAAACGAUUAAUGACACCGAAUCUCCAAUCCUUCACCUCUUUGACUUUUGCUCAGGCCCACGUAAGAAAGUGGGCCUAUGCACUAUACGUCUACGAAGUUACAUUGUUCAUAAUUUUCUUGCCUGUAAGAAGGUAUAUUGGCCGGAAUGCGCUUCACGGAAAUGACCCCUUUGGGUGGGCCAUUGGGUAUCUUUUCGGCAACAUACCUCCUUUUAGAUUUUGGCUUGUGAGAUCUAAUAUGGAGAAUUGGGUGCGAUUACCACCUUUACUUGAUGAAGAACUCAAAAGCCAGUCAUGCCGUCUGGGUUGGGUCGACCAUCUCCGGCAAGAUACAUUCGGAGAGGCAAAUACACGUCUUCUUAUUGCCUUCUAUUGUGUUCUCGUUAUUGUAGUUGGAUUGGCGUUAGUGGUUCGCCUCAGCGGGACUGUUGAGGUAGAUACUCGACGCAAAGUUUUCCAUGGGAUGAUGGUCCUGACGUUCCUGCCAACCACCUUUAUCGACCCUACAUUUACAGCACUUGCUUUGGCUCUCAUCCUCGCCGUUUUUUUGCUCCUCGAUCUAUUCAGAGCUUCCCAGUUACCACCCAUCUCGAGACCACUCACAUACUUCCUUGCACCAUACGUUGAUGGGCGCGACCAUCGGGGCCCAGUUAUCGUUUCUCAUAUCUUCUUGCUUAUUGGCUGCGCCAUCCCUCUUUGGCUCUCUCUUGCUGGAAUCCCUCGCAGCGGUAUCCCGCCCUGGGAUGGGUGGGAGGUGGAGACCCGCGAUCUCAGUAUGGUUACCGGGAUUAUAGGUGUUGGGAUGGGCGAUGCCGCCGCGUCUCUGGUUGGCCGGCGAUAUGGCCGACGUAGAUGGUUCUGGGGGGGCGGGAAGAGUAUCGAGGGAAGCGUUGCCUUUGCCGCAGUCGUCUUUGUGGGAAUUCUCGUGGCACGAACCUGGCUGAUACUUGGCGGUUGGGAUCGCUCUGUUUCUGCGUCGAUGUCUGAGGUGAUCACUUCAUCCUGGGCGAGGAUGGCGAUGUCGGAUGGGUGGGCUACCAUUGUUGGAAAAUCUCUCCUUGCCGCAUUUGGGUCUAGUUUCACGGAAGCGGUGUUGACGGGUGGGAACGAUAAUGUUGUGGUGCCAUUGGUCUUGUGGCUGCUUGUAAGAGGAUUGGGGCUAUAG